AUGUUGAGUAAUCCUUCCGUUGCCCAAAAUGCGGCGGCAUGCCCAGCUGCAUGCCAAUUGGCUGCCCUUUCGCUCCCUUCGCCGGAGUACGAGAGGAAUGUCACGGGACAGCGCGUCAAGAACGUGUAAGCAGGGCUUGUAGCGGCCUUGGCCGCCAGGCAGCGACGCGAGUUAUCAUCAAGGCACCCUUUCAUCAGGAACUUGGCGGAGGGAAUAUGGCAGGCUCUGGCCAGGACAAAGACGAGAACAGAUGAGGAGGUGUCUCAAAGCAUUUCGAGGUAUAAGUAAUGACUCAACCAUCCUUCUUCCUUCCCGUUCCGCUCUCCUUGUCUUCUUCAUAUGAAACAUCACCCUUAGCUCCCAAGCCUCAUCAACCCAAACUCAUAAAUCCUUGAUUAUUUCCACAACAAAAACGUGAAGCAUCUCACGCAACCAAAGCCCAACAUGUCCACCUCGGCCUCCAACUCCCCCAAACCAACCUUCUUCCUCAACCUCCCAACCACCUCCGUUCCCUCUGCAAAAGCCUUCUACACUGCUCUGGGCUUCCCCCCCUUGGAAGCCUGGUCCGACGCCGAGACAGCCUCCUUCAUGCUCCCGGAACCCAACCAGACCAUGGCGCUCAUGGUGCACGCCCACCAAAGAUUCAAGACCUUUAUGCGGCCCGCCGGCACCGUCGUCGACGCCCACACCUCGACCGAGACGCUGUUCUCGAUCGCAUGUGAGAACAGAGAGGAGGUUGAUGGGUGGUUGGCCAAGGUGGAAGGGGCCGGGGGCAAGAAGGACACGUAUGUGAUGGAGGGAUUUGGGGAGGGCAUGGGCAUGUACUGUCGCAGCUGGGAGGAUCUGGAUGGGCAUGUCUGGGAGGCGGUGGCUAUGAUUGGGACCGGUGGUUGUGGGGAGGAAAAGGGAGAGGAGGAGAAGAAGGAGGCGAAGAAAGCUUGAAUAAAGCGUUGAACAGAGUUGAGCAUGUUCGUUACGGAGGGGCGAGACUCGGG